AUGAACAAAGAAAAUAUUCCAACUAGAUCCCAAAGACGUCUUGUAAAAAGAAGAAUAGGACGAAGAAGAAAGAAAACAUUUCUAUGGCUAUUUCGACAUAAUCAAAAACGGGGUAAAAUUAGACCUAUUACGUUAGAGAAUCCCUCUGACUAUAAAUUUAAUGUUUUACGAUUUGGCGUUUUUAGGCAGAGCUCUGAUAUUAGAUCGGAGUUCUGCCCAUACAGAGGAGUUAAACAUCAGACGUUGGUGAGUCCAUCGAUUAAAUGCCUUUGUAGACAUCGCACUUUCUGCCCUACUUCACUUUCGAUUGUUUGUAUAUUCGGUAACUUCAUAGUUCAAAAUUUCAAUGGCACACCUUCAUCGGAAAUUAAUGAAUAG